UGAUCCUGUCUGUCCUCCUGAAACGAACGAAAUACUUUUUCUCCCUUCCCUGUUCUCAGACAGAAUAUGAUGAAAUUGUUUCUCCGUUUUAUCUUUUGGUUUCUGUUUUCAAAAUGCGUUCCAUUUUCCGCUUCUGUUCGGUUAAACUGAACCAGUUGAAAAGCAUAAUUAGCAUUUAAAUCUGUCUUUUACAGGAACAACCAUCUCUCUCACACUCUCUCUCUCUCUCUAAUACUCUUUCUCUCAAGCUAUCUCUAUCAUGCUCUCUCUCUUUCUUGUUUAUGUUCUUUCUCUCUCACUUAUGCCCUCUCUCUCUCUCUCUCUCUCUCUCUCACUCACUCUCUCUCUCCAUGUCUCUGUCGCUAAGGCAACCAAUGCUUUUUCUCACUCUGACACACUCUGGCUCUCUCCCACUCCCUCCUUCAGCAGCGAGCGGUAAGCAUGUGGACUGAUGGCUUUCUACACACUAGUGAUCUGCAUGCAUUUGCGUACAUGUGUGUGUGUGUGUGUGUGUGUGUGUGUGUGUGUGUGCAUGUGUGUUUCUCUGUUUCACAUGUAGUAGUGUUAAAGACGUCAUCGGAUCUAAAUCCAGUUGCUGAGUUAUUGCCUGAGUCAGGAACUGGAUUAAAGCAGUGGAUGUGUCUACAGCUGCAGCGUCGUUCCCCCCUACAGCCAUCUGUUUACGAUCUUUCAGUAAGUGUCAGGAGCCAAGCGCUCCCCCUCUCCUCGUCUCCCUCUUUCAAGAGAUGAUCAGAGGAGCGAACAACCAGUGAAAAGAGAAGCGAUGGAGCGAUGCUCCGUCUCUGGACUCACUGCUCUCUUGCGCCUCCUGCUGGUUGCCGUCAUCAUUUGUCCCCCUCAUUGCCGUGCGGGCGACGAGCCUGCCGACAUGCAGCUGUCCGCUACACCCCAGGCCACACCCACUCCGCUCUGGGCAGUCGACUGGGGUCCCACGCAGCCGCUGGAGGACGAGACGCAUCACUUCCUGUCCAGUCAGGAAGUCGAGGGCGUGAAGCAGGCCACACCCGAGGUGUGGCCGCGUCGCAGGAACGCCCAAGCCAACCAAACCCAACAGCAGCCGCUGUCCAUCGAAGCCAAGGACUCGGCAGAGGAGCAGGAACGAGACGCAGAGGAAAGAGAGAUUGAAGAAGUGGAUCCUCAGUUUUACGUCACCGUGACUAUCUCAUCUCUCCUGAUUCUCUCUGCGCUCAUCAUAUCGGCCAAACUCUGUUAUGACCGCAGCCUGUCUCAGCGUCCUCCCCCUCUUUCCCUCGCCAUCCCUCGUUCCCUGGCCCCAGAGGAUAGCAGGCACACACUUCAGAGCACCCCCUCGUUCCCUGACAGAGAAAGACUUCCUGUGGUCAAUCUUUGAAGAACUGACUGUACCAAGCUUUCUAAUCACAUCCUCUGGGCAUGGAAUGUGAAAAAAACAAGGGUAACUAUGAGAACAAACAUAGAACAUGCGGAACUGCAUGAAGACGGAUACAUGAAAGAGAAUAUGUGGGGAUGGACGAGGCUCUGAGGAUUGGGGCUGUAUAUAUAUAUAUAUAUAUAUAUUGGCACAUUUUCUGGACGGAUGUACAGACAUGGAACGGAGGCCGUACAUUCUUUCAAGCCAGAGAUUCAGGCUCUCUUCUUCAGCCAUUUUGAAACAUUCCGUUUGUUUUUUUUUUUCCCCCGUCGUCGUUUGAAUCGUUUCUUUCGCCGUCGCACAUAUAGUAUUCCUUCUCUGUACUUAUUGCAGCCAUUCCUGAAAGCUUAAUGAAUUCUACCUGCUUGCUGAGCUGUACCGUCGUCUUUAUUAUCGGUUUAUGAUCCGGUUUAUUACUCGCCCCGUUUAUAGUGAUCGCUCUCUCGCCCAGACCCCUCCCUCCCCCCCUGUUGUAGCAUUUACUAAGGUUCAAGGAACGGCUGCAUUUCGUGCCAAGUGUGUUAAAUGUAGCCUCUUUUCUACGCCUCUGUAUUUCGACUGUUCGGUUUUAUAUAGCUCGCACUCUUUUCGCGACAGCGACGUGAUGAUGUUUACAAGCAUAGAGCCCAUCGACCUCACGCUAGAAAGCUCUACAGGACACGCCUGUGAUGUGUUUCUCGUUAAUGUUUACAGAACCGUGGAUGCACAUUGGUGAAUGUAUUAUGACGACUUUAUCUAGUGGCCGACGCCGCCCUCGGCGUCUCGGAGAAACACGGAAUAGCGGUCCGAGACUGAACCGACGGCCAUGUGCCGGACGCUUUGUCCAAGUCGCGUGAAGGUUUUCGAAUGGCCAGUGUUCAUAUUCAGAGCCGCUCUUAGCGAGGGAUUUUGACAUUUUAAAAGCCAUGAGCACACUGUACGGUUUUAGUAACGUCGUCGUGUGGUGAAACUCCGUAGUGCAUGAUUAGAUCGCCCAUCCUCACGGCGUGAUCGAAAUGCCGUGACGUGGGUGCUCACGUCGUAACCGAGACACAGCCGCCGUGGAUAAAAACCCGAUCGAAUUGCUCGGUGCGAACGCAUAGUGCAUGCUGCUCAGCUGUAAUGUACAGAAAACACACUUAGCUACAGCCGUUAAAACACCAGCGAUCACUUGACAAUGUUCUUCACUAUUACUGAGACACCUUCCAGAUGUUUCGUGAGACUUCUUACACUGCAAGACAAAUGACCAUGUCACAUAAUCCUGCAACCAUAGAACAGCUCAAAGAUUCUUUUAGGGCAGUUAAUCAGGCGUUCGCGUACCCCGGCGCUCAAAAGAGCUCAGAUAUUUGCUGUAGCGGCAAAGAGGAAGGACGUCAAGGGCUGAAAGCGUUGCAGAAGACAGUGGUUACGAUAAGAAAUCCAUUCCCAGACCCCGAAGAGGAGUCUUGCAUGGUCCUGCUGGCAUUUUUGUUGAGAACUCGGUUUAAAAAAAACAAACAAAAAAAAUUAACGUACGUUAUUCGUCCGACAGAACCCUUUCACACAUCACUCGUCUGACAUCACUAGUAGAAACCGUGACUCGGUUCCACACGGCUGACGUUUUCACUGUUUAUCUGCUGCUCGAACUGUUUGAACGAGUCUGAGCCAAGGACUGGGGCAGGAGUGCAAAGCACACGACGGCGAUUUCAAUCUCUGACCAAUUAUCAUUCCUGUUAACGUUAUCCGUAAAGACUUUCUGACACUUCACCGUAGGCCUAUUCCGGUCGAAUCCAAUAAGUGUAGAUAAUUCGAGCUGGCACCGAUACCACUUCCGGUACUGAUACUGAUGGCGUGAGCUUGAUACCCGCCUGAUAUUCCUAUCCUAUCUGAAGCACUUUAUUAGGAACACCUGUACACCUACACGUUCAUGCAAUUCUCUAAUCGGCCAAUCGUGUUGCAGCGGUACGACGCGAACAUGUGAUCUCGGUGAUUCUGACCGUUGGUACCAGACGGGCUGGUUUGAGUAUUUCUAUAACUGCUGAUCUCCUGGGAUUUCCACUCGGAGCAGUCUGCUUAGAACGGUGCAAUAAAGGGAAAAAGACCCCAGUGAGAAGCAGCGCUGCAGACGGAAACGCCUCGUCGAUGAGAGAGGUGGACAGAAAAUGUCCAGACUGGUUCAAGUAACAGAUACAGUACAGUAUAACCACUGUGUACAAUCGCGGUGAGCAGAAAAGCAGCUCGGAAUGCACAACACGUCGAACCUCGAGGCGCACGGGCUACGACGGGUUCCUCUUCUGUCAGCCAAGAACAGAAAGCUGAGGACGCACCGGGCACAGGCUCACCGAAACUGGACAAACGUAGCCUGGUCUGAUGAAUCUGGAUUUCUGAUGAGGCGCACACCGGUGGUAAGGUCAGAAUUCGGCACCAGCAACAUGAAUCCACGGAAGUGCGUCGCGUCAACAGUCCAGACUGGUGGAGGUGGUGUGGGAAAUGUUUUCUUGGCACACUUUGGGAGCGUCGAUACCAAGCAAUCGUCGCUUCAACGCCACGGCCUAUUUGAGAAUUGCAAAAGCAAAAGUCAGUGUGCGAACACUGUUUUCCUGAAUUUCGAGUUCAGUGUACUUUAAUGGCCUGCGCAGUCACUGGAUCGGAAUCCACUAGAACAGCACUUUAACAUGAAAGUGCGUCUGAAAAAUCUGCAGCAACCGCGUGAUGCCAUCACGUCAGAAUCUCACACGAGUGUUUCUAACAUCUCGUGCAAUCUAUGCCACGAAGAUCUGAGGCUGUUCCGAGACCCUACCCAGUAUUAGUACAGUGUUCCUAAUAAAGUGUCCGGUGAGUGUAUAUUUUAAAGUAUAAAACUGCUGAAAGGAAAAAUGAGUUUCUUUACACGUCGGGGUCCGAAAGUCUGAGACCACAUUGAAAAUCUGGGUUGUUUUUGUUUUUUGUUUUUUUUUCAUUUAAAAAUGGACUCUAGAACUGUGAAAUAUUUCAAACGAAGAACGUUCAGUGUCUUGAAUAUAUAAUAUUCAGGGUCAUGCACUAUUUCUACGUCCGUAUUUAAACGGAAGCGAAUUAGUGAUAUCGACCGUGCUAACUGCUUUGUAAAAAAAAAAAAAGAGGUCAGAUUUCCCUCAUGUCUAAUCUCUUCGGUCGGAGCACGCGUUCAGACGACACGCCGAUCUCAAACGGGUCGAUGGUUUUGCGCAUAAAGGGGACGCACCAAGUACUAAUAAACUCUAAUGGAUACUAAUACUAAUAAAGUUGUUGCCGAUAAUAUAAUUUCUGAUAAAUUGUUGUAUUAAGUUAGUAGCACUUUCACUAGUGCUCACAGACUUUUGGACCUGCUCCAGUCUUUUGCCGUUUAGUAAAGGAUCUGAUAUCCAGUGCUUUUGCUUUAAACUUAACGCCGACUCUACGCAUCAGAUCGGUGCCACCGCUAUAGUUACCUGAUGUUAAAUUUAUACCUGUCUAACGUCAGGCGAGCUGAACAUACGUCGAUAGAUUUUAUUUUAUAUUAAUGAGUUCUCCAUUUACGUUGACAGAAAGACAGGCACUCUGUCUCAGAACACCACUAACGUGAGACUGGAGGAAGGAAGGGGGCGGGGCUUACAGGGGAUCGGUUAGCACAACUGUCAAUCAUUCCAGCUUCAUACGUUAACUGGCUCUUGUGCCGUUUUUAUCGCGGGAAGGUUUUUCAAAUAAAUAAAUAAAUAAAUAAAGAGUACUCGGUGUAUUUCGUUGUGAUAUCUCGUAGCAGUGUAUUCCGAUGUUAAGAAGACGCAGAGCAUAGCGACGCAAAAAAGGUCGUCAGGCCUGCCUUCCUCAUCUCUGCGUCUCAUCUUUUGAACUGCCAUGUCCUUCGCGCUUACUUGAGAAGACGAGCAUCGCGCUUAUCGAGACCAACUCCCCAGCAUAAUUUCAUCCACGUCCUGCUCAAACCCACCUAGUUUAGCUAUCAGCUGAUAAGUUAUAUGAGAGAAACAGGAGAUAGUAAACCGAACAGAGAACAGAUGUACAAGGCAAACAUAUUUUUGAGAAACAAAUGUUCUGGUCUUUGCCUUGCAGAUAGAGACUGGAAUUUAUUCUUAUGGUGGUGUUUUGUUUUUGUUUUGUUUUUUCUCCUCAUCUGGGACAAGUUCUAUAUACGUGUUAAAAUGUGUUUAAAAAAACAACAAAAAAAAAACGUCAGCGGUUUAAAGCACUCCGGGUAAGAAACCCGGUCUUACGAACUCAAAGUUCAACUCCAGAUACAAGCUGUGAUUUAUUCAUUGAAUUUUUUUGGUGAUGUAGUUUUAUAUGACGUAGCACUGCCUUAAGUACUGUGUGUGGUUAACUGUAUAAGAAAAGACCAAUAAAAAUCCAUUUAUGGUGUUUGGAAAGUUG